AUGAGCACGACUGCCUUACAGGUUAGAUUUUUGUUAGAAGCAAUUUGGAACAUUAAUUAUUGUUUCGUGUGAAAAAAUCUCAAUACUUUUCAGUAGAAGAAGUAAAAAAAAUGUAGUUCUGUCGCCAGGAUUUUGUUUAAACGGUUCAUAUCCUUUUUUUGGGUUCAAACUGUGCGAAAUCAUCACAAAAAAAGUGAAGCUGAGAAGUCUAGACAGAAGUUCAAAAUAAUUCUUUCGAUUUGGAAAUUUGGAAAGUAGGCUACAAAAGCUUUUUUUAAAAGUUCAUUAAUGAUCCUGAGAAAAAAAUUUUACAGAAAGCCAUUGAGCUCGUCACAAAAGCAACGGAAGAGGACACAAACGGGCAUUAUGAACCCGCCCUCAAGUAUUACGACCAGGCGAUAGAGUACUUCUUACAUACAGUCAAAUGUGAGUUUUUUGUAUAAUUAUGCUCAAUUUUCCACGGACUCAUAUGGGCGGAGAGAUAACUUUCGUAUCAUGGUGAGGCGGUUCAAAAAGUAAUUUCAUGAAAAAAAGUUUGAAAGUUUUUUUAUAGAAUAUAUAAAAAUUUUUCUUGGAACAGCUUGCUAAAUCUGGCAACUUCUGAUGAAACUUUUUUUAAUUUCUGUUUUUAAAAAAAUUUAGGAGUAUACGAUAGCUAAUUAUAAGACGAUUUGAAAUCGUUUCGAACAAAAAUCUUGCUACGUACAUAAAUCAUGCUAUUAAUUUUUUGAAACCAUCUUUUUGGUUAUCGGAUUUUGCACCAUAAAAAAAUAAUUUUUUUGAGAAGUUGAAAUUCUGAGAAAAAGAGCUUUCAAAUUAUUUUUCUUCUCUGAACAAAAUGCCUUGGCGCAAAUUGGCCUUCUCAAUGUUUCUAAAUUUUUCAUUAUUCUCCAUAUUUUUUUGUAUCAACUUGUGUAGUUCAAUUUCAGAACGAUCUGAGAAAAAUUUUUUUCGAAAAAAAUGAUGACUUUUAUUCAUCUAUUCCGUUUAUCUAGAAAAAAACUACUUUAUCAAAUGUCACACCUUAUCGAAAUUUUUUGAAGCUGUACCGAUUUGACAUAGAAGAAGACGAAGCUUAUUAAGAAAAAUUAUUUUUCUUGACUCCCUGUAGUUUCGGUUUUCUUCAGAUGAAGCACAAGGAGAACGACAGAAGGAAGCGAUUCGGGCCAAAGUUGUGUCGUACUUGAAUCGGGCAGAGCAAAUCAAGAAGUUCCUCAGAGACGGGAAAGAAAAGAAGCCUGUUAAGGUAUGGCUCAUCAUACGCCGUUCUCACAGUUUCUUUGUUGCAGGACGGCGGUAAGAACGAAGAUGACUCCGACGAAGACACGGACAAGAAGAAACUACAGGUUUUUUGUCGAUUGAAUUCCACUAUUUUCAAAAAAUGCUGCUGAAUUGAAAAGUACCGAUGAAAUCUUUUACGGAAGGCUUUAUAAAGUUUUUUUUUUUUGACAGACGGAAAAUGAGGAAAAUUCAAAAAUAUAGUUUUGUUAACCAGGUAAAUAUAGUACAUGUUGAGAAAAAAAGACCUGGUUUUUAUUUUUUUCAUAAUUAAAUUUUUUUGAAGAUUUUUUUCAAAAAGGAAAUAGCUCCAAGGGGCGUGUUUCUAACGCAAAAAAAGGUUUUGUUAAAGCCCAAAAAGUUCGCCUUUUUUUCUAUUUUUACUUUUUUCCUCAGUAAAAUUUAGUUUUUCUUGUCUAAUGAACAUGUAAAAUACAGAAAGAAAAUCGUGAUCUUCCUGGUUUUAAAGAUUCAAGAAGAAGCUAAAAUAGUAUCCCUGUUAGCAGGGGGCUAAAGAUAUACGUAUAGUCAUUCCGCGCCAGUUUUUCACGUUUUUCUUUCCGCCAAAAAUACCGUAUAUCCUAUCAGAUAAAAAUUGAGAUUUUUCAUCUGGAGCUCGAAAAGGGACAUAAUCUCAAAGAAAAACGAGAAAAAAAUUUGAUGAAAAAUGUAAAAGUUUGAAGUUUAUGACAUAUUAUGAAGUGAUGACUCAUUCCAGGACAAGCUUUCUGGAGCGAUUGUGAUGGAAAAGCCGAACAUAAAAUGGUCGGAUAUUGCUGGCCUCGAAGGAGCCAAAGAAGCCCUGAAAGAGGCCGUUAUCCUGCCCAUCAAGUUCCCACAGCUUUUCACCGGUACGGUUUGUGCGCUUUUAUUUUCCAUCAUCUGGCUUUCGAUUAUCUUGUGA